GUGCAGAAGCCCCCUGCGUUGAGUCCACAUUGUAUUGUUCUGGCACAACCAGAGUGAGAGCAGCUUUUAUGUGAGAGGCAGCCAGCGAGCCAGCCAGCCUUGUGUUUGGAGUGGGCAGUGCCGGGCCAGCCAGCCUUGUGUUUGGAGUGGGCAGUGCCGGGCCGGGCCAGCCCGCUUGUGUCUCGGCUGCGCUGCACACUACGAGCAGGAAGUGGGGUACAUCGAUCAGGUUUUUUUUAAUUGACAGAAUCCGGCAGGCAGAAAGGGAUUGUGGUUUGGAUAAAGCCUCGUUCCUGAACUGUGCACAUCCUUAAUACCUUGUGUCGGGGAGAGCAGAGCAAACGAGAGGAGGGAAGAGUGAGGGGCUGCAAAGAUGUUGGACCCGUCGUCUAGCGAGGAGGAAACGGAGGAUGUAGUGGAGGAAGAGUGCAAGGAGGUGCAGGCACCGGCGGCCGGCAGCCGCUUGUCGCCCAGCAGAACAAGCGAGAGUAGCGGUGGCGGCGGCCUGCAGCCCAGCAGCCGCAGCAGCAGCAUCCGUCCCUCCAGCCCCAGCCCGUCCGUGGUGAGCGAGAAGGAGAAAGAGGAGCUGGAGAGGCUGCAGAGAGAGGAGGAGGAGAGGAAGAGAAAACUGCAGCUCUACGUCUUUGUUAUGCGAUGCAUCGCCUACCCCUUCAACGCCAAGCAGCCCACCGACAUGGCCAGGAGGCAGCAGAAGAUAAACAAGCCACAGCUUCAAACAGUCAAGGAUCGGUUCCAGGCUUUCUUGAAUGGAGAGACACAGAUCGUGGCAGAUGAAGCCUUUAUCAAUGCUGUACAAAGUUAUUAUGAGGUGUUCCUGAAAAGUGACCGGGUGUCCAGGAUGGUCCAGAGCGGCGGUUGCUCGGCCAACGAUUCCCGGGAGGUGUUCAAGAAACACAUUGAAAAGCGGGUUCGAAGCUUGCCGGAGAUUGACGGGCUCAGCAAGGAGACGGUGCUCAGCUCCUGGAUGGCUAAAUUCGACGCGAUCUACCGCGGCGAGGAGGACCCACGCAAACAGCAGGCCCGGAUGACAGCCAGCGCAGCCUCCGAGCUGAUCCUCAGCAAGGAUCAGCUCUACGAGAUGUUCCAGCAAAUCCUGGGCAUCAAGAAAUUCGAGCAUCAACUCCUGUACAAUGCUUGCCAGCUCGACAACCCUGAUGAGCAAGCAGCUCAGAUCAGACGGGAGUUGGACGGGCGUCUUCAGAUGGCCGAUCAAAUAGCACGGGAACGCAAGUUUCUGAAGUUUGUGUCAAAGGAAAUGGAGAACAUGUUCAUUGAGGAGCUGAAGUCGUCUGUGAAUCUACUGAUGGCAAACCUGGAGAGCAUGCCGGUAUCCAAAGGAGGCUCGGAGUUUAAGCUGCAGAAACUGAAGCGCAGUCAUAACACCUCCAUCAUUGACAUGGGCGAGGAAAAUGAAAACCAGCUCUCCAAGUCUGAUGUUGUAUUGUCUUUUACACUAGAGGUAGUGAUCAUGGAAGUUCAGGGUCUGAAGUCCUUAGCACCAAAUCGCAUUGUGUAUUGUACAAUGGAAGUGGAGGGAGGGGAGAAACUACAAACGGACCAGGCUGAAGCUUCCAAACCAACCUGGGGUACCCAAGGUGACUUCACCAGCACACACCCUCUUCCUGCAGUAAAGGUGAAACUCUUCACAGAGAGCACAGGCGUGCUAGCUCUAGAGGACAAAGAGCUCGGUCGGGUGGUCUUGCAUCCUACACCCAAUAGUCCAAAAUCAGCCGAUUUGCACAAAAUGAUCGUCUCAAAAAACAGUACAGAUCAGGAUCUGAAAAUUAAGUUGGCAGUUCGGAUGGACAAGCCUCAGAACAUGAAACACUGCGGGUACUUGUGGACAAUAGGAAAAAAUGUGUGGAAAAGAUGGAAGAAACGGUUCUUUGUUCUGGUGCAGGUCAGCCAGUACACGUUUGCAAUGUGCAGCUAUCGGGAGAAGAAGGCUGAGCCUCAAGAGUUGCUGCAACUGGACGGAUACACAGUGGAUUACACAGACCCACAGCCAGGUCUGGAGGGCGGUAGAGCAUUCUUUAACGCCGUUAAAGAAGGGGACACGGUGAUCUUCGCCAGCGACGAUGAACAGGACCGCAUCCUUUGGGUUCAGGCCAUGUACCGUGCCACCGGUCAGUCCCACAAGCCCAUCCCUCCAACUCAAAUCCAAAAACUCAACGCCAAGGGAGGAAGUGUCCCGCAGCUGGAUGCACCCAUCUCCCAGUUCUAUGCAGACAGAGCUCAAAAACAUGGGAUGGAUGAAUUUAUCUCUGCCAAUCCUUGCAUGUUUGAUCAUGCAACGCUCUUUGAAACGCUACAAAGGUUAACGUUGGACCACAGGCUUAAUGAUUCCUACUCUUGUUUGGGUUGGUUCAGUCCCGGGCAGGUGUUCGUGCUGGAUGAAUAUUGCGCCCGUUACGGAACCAGAGGCUGUCACCGGCACCUCUGCUACCUCAACAACUUGCUGGAACGGGCUGAGAACGGAGCGAUGAUUGACCCCACUCUGCUGCACUACAGCUUUGCCUUCUGUGCUUCACAUGUCCAUGGCAACAGUGUGAAAGUGCAGGAGCUGCUUAUGUCACAGCCAAGUGUAGAUGGUGAGGGGGACAAAUCAUUCAGUCCCUCCAUGAAUGAGCCAGAGAGUGACACAAAAAAGGAGAGAAGGGAGUCUAGAAAAGGGUCAAGAAAGGAACCCAAGAUGCCGCAAAAACCUGAGCCAAAGAGGCCCGAUGGAAUAGGAACAGUCACAGUGGAAGAGAAAGAACGUUUCGAGGAGAUUAAGGCCCGACUGCGCUCACUACUUGAGAAUCAGAUUACUCAUUUCAGAUAUUGCUUUCCAUUCGGAAGACCAGAGGGUGCAUUGAAGGCCACUUUAUCUCUCCUGGAGAGGGUGCUGAUGAAGGAUAUAGUGACACCUGUUCCACAAGAAGAAGUUAAAGUUGUCAUUCGGAAAUGUCUGGAGAAAGCUGCACUGGUGAACUACACCCGGCUUUCUGAGUAUGCCAAAAUUGAAGAGAAUCAAAAGGAUGCAGAAAAUGCAGGACAAUUAGUCACACCUGCCAAAAAACUGGAGGAUACAAUUCGUCUUGCUGAACUGGUCAUUGAGGUCUUGCAACAGAAUGAAGAGCAUCACGCUGAGGGAAAAGAGGCUUUUGCCUGGUGGUCUGACUUGAUGGUUGAACAUGCCGAGACCUUCCUCUCGCUCUUUGCCGUCGACAUGGACAGUGUAUUGGAGACGCAAGCACCGGACACCUGGGACAGCUUUCCAUUGUUUCAGCUGCUCAAUGACUUCCUGAGGAGUGAUUACAACCUGUUGAAUGGAAAAUUCCACAAACACCUUCAAGAUGUCUUCGCUCCUCUUGUGGUUAGAUAUGUCGACCUGAUGGAGUCAUCGAUUGCACAGUCGAUUCACAGGGGCUUUGAUCGGGAAUCGUGGGAGCCUGUAAAGAGUUUAACGAGUAAUCUGCCCAAUGUGAAUCUACCAAAUGUGAAUCUCCCUAAAGUACCAAAUCUUCCAGUUAACCUCCCACCAAUGCCUAGUUUUUCUGCUUCGUCCUGGAUCGCUACUAUAUACGAUGCAGACAAUGGCUCAGGUACCUCAGAAGAUCUGUUCUGGAAACUGGACGCCCUGCAGACCUUUAUAAGAGAUCUGCACUGGCCAGAGGAGGAAUUUGCCAAGCACCUGGAGCAAAGGCUGAAGCUCAUGUCUAGCGAUAUGAUUGAAUCAUGCGUUAAAAGGACGAGGAUUGCAUUUGAAGCCAAGCUGCAGAAGACAAGCAGGUCAACAGAUUUCCGUGUCCCACAGUCAAUAUGCACCAUGUUCAACGUGAUGGUCGAUGCCAAGGCACAGUCCACAAAGCUUUGCAGCAUGGAAGUGGGCCAGGAACGGCAAUACCAUUCUAAAAUUGAUGAGUUGAUUGAAGAAACUGUCAAAGAAAUUAUCACACUCUUGGUUGCAAAGUUUGUUACUAUUUUGGAAGGAGUGCUGUCCAAACUAUCCAGAUACGAUGAAGGGACUCUCUUCUCAUCCUUUCUGUCAUUCACUGUGAAAGCAGCCUCCAAGUAUGUGGACGUGCCUAAACCUGGGAUGGAUUUGGCAGAUGCUUACGUGACCUUUAUGCGCCAGAGUCAGGAUAUCCUGCGUGACAAGGUCAAUGAGGAGAUGUAUAUAGAAAGAUUAUUUGAUCAAUGGUACACGAGUUCCAUGAACGUUGUCUGCACCUGGCUCACAGAUCGCAUGGACCUGCAACUCCACAUCUACCAGCUGAAAAUCCUCAUCCGGCUCGUCAAGAAGGCGUAUCGAGACUUCCGGCUGCAAGGUGUCCUUGAUUCAACCUUGAACAGCAAGACGUACGAAACAGUUCGGAACAGGCUGACUAUGGAAGAAGCCACGGCAUCUGUGUCUGAAGGCGGUGGUCUUCAAGGAAUUACAAUGAAGGACAGCGAUGAGGAAGACGAGGAUGAAGAUUAGAUCACAGUUUAGAUUUAGAGGCUGAAUUUUGACAAGGCCUGGUAACAAAUGCAUGUACCACUCUGUUAUCCACUUAGCCACAAUAGGAUCUUAUAUUUCAACUACUCAUAACGGAUAUGGGGGAAAAUAUCCUUAUCAACAAGGUUGAAAGUUUAGCUGUGUGAAAAAAAAACUAGCACUUAUUUGAACCAUUGAUUUCUAAAUUAAUUUCUAUAUGUUCAUGAGCAAUAUGGCGUAACCAUUGUUUGAUAACGUUACGUGAGAUAUGUAGGAAUAUUGCUAAAUGUGUCCCUGUUAAAAUGCAGAACCUAUUUGGCGCUUCAUCAAUGUAAUGUAUAUAUAUAUAUCUUGAUGGUAAGAUGUUGUGAAGAUGAGUGAGUACGGUAAUUUUAUUUAUUUAUUUAUAUUUCUUUACUGGCUGCCAACUGCUUUUAAAAUAAAAAGAAAAUGCCCCUUGUAUUUGUGCAAUCUAAAGGUUUUAUUAAUAACCCUAAUUGCAUUUUUGUUUAAUUUCCUCUUUUCAUUCUCGUGCAUUUCCUUCUUAAUUUCCUCUUCCUUGAAUGCUUUCAAUGUAUGCGGAAAAAAACGUUACGACAAAUAUCUUUUGAUAUUUAUUAAUUGAGAUAUGUUUCUUGUGGGAUGUUAUGGAAGUGGUAUAUUUAUGCCCAAAUUAAAAGCACUCAGUUUUAUUUAAUGGAAGAUCAUAUUCUGUGAUGUAUAUUCAAAUAAUCCUAAUGAAACGUGCCCAAAAUAUACUCCACUUAUCCAUCUGCCUUUUUUAUUUUAAGCCAUGGCGGAAUUUAUACACUCCCCACUUAAAACAUUUCUUUUCAAAUGAUUCAUUUGAGUAACCUCUGAUAUUUUCCACAAAGUUUGACACGUUAUGUUUCACAGUUGGUUUCUUGUAAAUAUAAAGCUGUAUAAUGCAUUUGGAAAAGUAGCUGCAUGAUAAAGGCAUCACUUCUUCCUCCCAAAGCUCUUGGUCUCUGUGUGAAGUAGCUGGUGAUGGAAAAACCAUCUUGCUUUGGCCUUAAGCCCACAGCUGUACCAUGGAAAACUGUGGAUUCUUAGUAAAUUGUACAAACGUAAGUCACCCAUGCUUUUUAAAUCAUGUUAUAAAUAUGCUAUACUGUACCAUCACAA